AUGUCUUCAUCAGGUCCAUCUCAUUGCCAUCAAUCUUUCACGGAUGAGUCUUCUUUCUCCACGCCUUACAAGAGAAACGGCAGCGCAAGAAACCGUGUCUCUGAUGGAUGUGGCUCUGCUAAUCUCUCUGUUUUAAGUUCCAGAUGCAAGAUUCCUUUUUUUGGAUCAGCAUUUCAUGUAUCAACCGGUGGACAUGACCUUGGCCUCACGAAAGUUUCGGUUGCUGCUGAUUAUUCCGAUUCGGUUCCUGAUUCAUCUUUCUACGGCUAUCAUCCUCUCGAAGAAUUGAAGCCGUGCAAAAGAGUCCAGGAGACAAAACUCUCUGCCCCUGAAGUAGCAAGGACUACGGUCGAGGCUAAUAGCACCGCUGUGUUGGUGUUUCCUGGAGCAAUUCACUGUGAACCACACGAUCAUAAUUCAUGGUCCGAGUUUAAGUAUGUCAUUGAUGAUUAUGGAGAUAUCUUUUUCGAGAUUCCUGACGAUGAGAACAUCUUAGAUGAUCCUGGAGCUAGUAAUCCAGUGAAAGCCUUUUUUGGAAUGGAUGUCCCGCGGUACGAAAACUCACGGCUCCAUGAGGAAUAUAACAUUUCUGAAAUUGGUAACCUUGACCAAAUUAUUUUUGAUGACCAUUAUUUCGAGAUUAUGGAUUCUGAAGCUCGAGAUAUUCCGGUUGAUUGGGGAAUGCCUGACACUUCCAACGGAGUUCAUCCUAUUUACUUUGCCAAACACAUGUCCAAGGCCAUCAGCAUGGACUAUGACAAGAAAAUGGACUAUCCAUCUAAUGGUGUAUCCAUACUCGGAUGCCUUAGGCCUGCUUUCCUUGACGAGGAAUCCUAUAUCAGAAGAUUAUUUUUCUCGGAAGAUAGAGAUGACUAUAGCUGGGAGGUUCAAGGCGAUGACAAUCCAAGCACUAGUUCCAGACGAGAGGAGAACGAUAUGAGUUCAAGUCUAUAUAGAUUAGAGAUUGUGGGAAUAGAGCUUCUCUCCCUCUAUGGAGCUGAGUCUUCUAUAAGUUUGCAAGAUUUUCAAGAUGCUGAAGCAGACAUCCUAGUGCACUCUACUUCUGCAAUCAUAGAGCGCUUCAACGACAGGGGGAUUAACUCCAGCAUUGCCCUUAAAGCUCUCUGCAAAAAGAAGGGUCUUCAUGCAGAGGAAGCUAACCUGAUCAGUGUUGAUAGUCUCGGUAUGGAUGUGAGAGUUUUCGCAGGUGCACAAGUCCAAACUCACCGUUUCCCUUUCAAAACCAGGGCUACGACUGAAUUGGCAGCGGAGAAGAAGAUCCAUCAGCUACUGUUCCCUCGUUCACGCAGAAGGAAACUGAAGUCUCAUGAAGAGAGCUUGAAGGAUGCAUAUCGUUAA